AUGGGAUUCGAAUCUUUUCAAGCCGGCGGUGCUGAUAGCACUUUGGCCGGAGCUUAUGUGACCUUGCCGACCACAUGUAUGGUUUACGGAAGAGGAUUCAAAAACAAAUUACCGCAGCUUCUUUCGGAUCUUGGUGUCUCCAAGGCUUUUAUCAUCACCGGAAAGUCCCUUCGUGAAAAGACGCCUGUCAUCGCGGACCUUGAAAAUGUUCUAGGACGUGCCCACGCAGGGACAUAUAGCGGCGUGCGGCAGCACGCUCCCAUAGCGGAUAUACAGGCCGCCUUAUCCCAAGUCCAAGAAACGGGCGCCGAUGUCCUCAUAUCUGUUGGCGGGGGAUCGCCAAUCGACUCCGCUAAAGUCGUUGCAUAUCACAUUCAUAGGCAAACUGGGAACUGGAUACCCAGUAUUGCCAUCCCGACGACAUUGAGUGUGGCGGAAACGACCGGCGCUGCUGGAUAUACGAGUGAAGAUGGGAGGAAGAUUGCAGUUGCUGAUCAGGAGCUUGCACCGAAAGCUAUCCUGUAUGAUGGAGACCUCGCGCUUCAUACUCCGAUGAGAUUAUGGCUAAGUUCUGGGAUUGCGAAAAUAUUGCCGUAUGUUGGAAAGCAGACGACUGGGGACUGGAAGAGGGAUGCGCAUUUAGUUGGUGAUGCGAUCGGGGAGUUGGUUGAAGACGUGGGGCUUAAAUCGACGUUGACGGAGUAUAAUGUAGGACCGGAGGAGGAAGAAGCUAUUGCUACUCGGGCACUAGGAGGGGACAAGUCGCAUCCGGAUCUUCAGGCUGUGAGGGCCAUGGUACGUGGUUAUUACUGA